AGUCUGUAAUGUUUAAGGAAUUUCGAUUUAAAUUUCGGCAAUUAUUUAUUCUAUAAUAGCUCUCAUUCCACUAAUUUAAACGUGCCGAAAUAAAGACAUCUAUUUAAAUAAACUUCCUUUUAGGUAGGUAAUAAGAAUUGUGUACAACUGAUUUACAUCGUGCCGACAUCAUAGUCACCCUAAUGAGCCGAACGCGAAUGUAAACAGCAAGCGCUCGUCCCUCACCAGCCCCUUUGACUCGUGCCUCGGCGGCUACCGGGAAAAUCGAAAUUCGUCAAUUACGGGCAUUUUUCUCUGUCACUCUAAUUACGUCUUAGUGAGAGUAAAAGAGAAAGAUCGCCGCAAUUUGCGAAUUUCUGUUUUCGUGCCCAAGAAACCGUUCACUCCCGCCAUAGAUGGUAGGAUCAACUAGAUGUGCUACACGCGUACGCCCGUAAGGGACAGAACAUACACAAUGCGCCAUGCGCCAAAUUAAAAAUACGUUUUAACAUUCCUGACAAUAUACCAAAAAUAACCUACGUAAUUUGGUCGGGUUAUUUGUUGCCCACCAUAAGCCAUGUAUGGUGGGGAAUAAAAAAAAUGAAACGGUGACUAGGAGAGGACUAGGAUAUAAUAAUAAUAGUUAAGUAAAAUUAAAUUUAUGUUACUUAAUAUCGUGCUUUGUUAUUAUCGAUAAAUGUACUGGAUAUAGAUCUAAGAUAAGUAACUAAAUAUUGUACGCCUUUGUAAAGCAGGAUAUGGAGAACAUGACUCAUUUACCUAAGACCUUUGUAGAACCCAUAACCAAACAAUAAAAUAGGUAUUUUUGAUUUUGACAAACAAUCAUAGCGCUUUCUCUGCUACUUCUACUGAAAGUUCCGUAAGAGCAUCUCGUUCGGUCAUCUACUGGCUCUACCAUUUCUUCUCUAUACUUAUUGUACAUCUAUGACUCCCGCCGCGAGUCCGGCGAGCAGCGAGCGGAGCCACGAGCUCGGCUCGGCUCGCCACUCACACGCGAAUGUAAAGCGCCAUUAGGUUUUGUAUUGUACAAUUUGUACUUGCAACACCGCGUCUUUCACUAAUUUCGGUUUCUGAUGUUUGAAUUUAAAAUUUUGUGAAAACAAAAAGAGAAUCCUAAUAUGUAUUUUAAUUUUUCAUCUUUUCUGUCUGGAAAAGUACAUCGGAUAUAAAAAAUAAAGCCACUUAAUUAGUCAAAUGUCCACGUAAGUUCCACUAAAGUUACAUCUAUUACUAUUACUCACUAUUUCACUCAUAUUCUAUGACUAGAUAGAUAGAGUACCUCUUACAAAUUUUAUUUCCAGAUACUGGUCCGUGUUGCGUUAUUCAAAACAAUAAUUAGAUGUCUGCAGUAAAAAAAAAAUUACAUCAGUCUACCCUACCUACUCCGCAACAAGAUGACUGCCGUAAAUGUUAUUUAUAGAAGAGACGGGCCUUCUGCCUCAAAGAUUGUCUACUCAAUGACUUUCACAGGUGAAUCUGAGACCGACCCCAUAAUUUACACCAUUGAUAAUUUGGUUGUGGUGAAAUUGAAAUCCAGCGCCAAAUUGUUAAGAAAUAAAAUGAAUUUUUCUGUUAGUUUUUCAUCAUCAAAACAUGACUCGGCUAAGGAAAAAAACAUCAAAAUAAAUGUAAAUUGUCUAGACUUGAAAUAUUCUGAAUUGAAUAUUGAAGUGCCUAAUGAUUGGUCUAAAUGGCAAGAAAUGGGACUUACCCAACCAUAUGUAAGAAAUGGACUCUAUUACACUACAGUAAGCAUUGUUGUCACUGCAUAUGAAUGUAAAAAGGAAACGGUACUUUCAAAAUUAUAUACAGACAGCGUCUUCACUGACUUCCAUCUAGUGACAUCUGAAGGCUCUGUCCCUGUCCACAAGGCAUGCCUGGCUGCUCACAGUGAUGUAUUUAAAGCAAUGCUGACCAAUGAGUGGAAAGAAGCAAUCAAUGGUGAAAUAAGGAUGAAGGGAGCCACCGUAAAGACACUUCAACAGUUAAAGGAAUACAUGUAUUUGGGCACUGUGCCUGAAGAUGGACUUCGUCCAUUACUUUUGAUUGCCAGGUGCUAUCUUAUUGAAGAUUUAGAAAAACAUUGCAUUAGAAAGUUAGCUGAGAAUGCUACAGGGGAAACCUUAUUCUCACUCCUUGAAUUUGCAUGUGACAACAAUAUUCCAGAACUGUCAUAUGCUAUGCUAGUCAUAACACAAGAAGCUGUUGUUAAUGAAGCUAAAGAUAUAAAAACAGCUGUUUUGAAUAGUCAAAAAUCUAAACAAUCUCAUCAGUAAGGUUUUUUGCCACUAGGGAACCAUUGACUUAAGGCAAGCAGGGCAAGCUGGGCCAAAGUUGAUUUGCGAUUUUGUCAAUAAGUACAAUUUUCUAUCUUAACUUUAA